AUGUCCUCCGCCGCUAGAAUCUUCUCCCAUCUACCUCUCCGCCGCGUGCCCGUCGCCUCUGCCUGCGGCUCUUCAUCCCUCCGACUUGGUCCAUCCUCUGGCGCGCUUCGAAGCUUCUCCGUCUCAGCUUACAACAUGGCCUCUGCGCACAAGAUCAAGGUCAAGAACCCCGUGGUGGAGCUUGAUGGCGACGAGAUGACCCGAAUCAUCUGGCAGACCAUCAAGGACAAGUUCAUCCACCCCUACCUCGACAUUGACCUCAAGUACUACGACCUCGGGCUCGAGUACCGCGACAAGACCAACGACCAGGUCACCAUUGACGCUGCCGAGGCCAUCAAAAAGUACUCGGUCGGCGUCAAGUGCGCCACCAUCACCCCCGACGAGGCUCGUGUCGAGGAAUUCAAGCUCAAGCAGAUGUGGCUGUCCCCCAACGGCACGAUCCGGAAUGUUCUCGGGGGCACCGUCUUCCGCGAGCCCAUUGUUAUCCCCCGCAUCCCGCGCCUGGUCCCCGGCUGGGAGAAGCCCAUCAUCAUCGGUCGCCACGCCUUUGGCGACCAGUACCGCGCCAAGGACCUCGUUGCUCCCGGGCCUGGCAAGCUGUCCAUGGUGUACACGCCCGAAGGCGGCGAGGCCCAGGAGAUUGAGGUGUUCCACUUCAAGAACGGCGGCGGCGUUGCCCAGACGCAGUACAACACGGACGAGUCCAUCACCGGCUUCGCCCACGCCUCCUUCAAGCUGGCUCUGAGCAAGGGCCUGCCCCUCUACAUGAGCACCAAGAACACCAUUCUCAAAAAGUACGACGGGCGCUUCAAGGACAUCUUCCAGGCGCUCUACGACUCGCAGUACAAGAAGGACUUUGAGGCCAACAAGAUCUGGUACGAGCACCGUCUCAUCGACGACAUGGUAGCUCAGAUGGUUAAGAGCAAGGGCGGCUACAUUAUGGCUCUAAAGAACUACGACGGAGACGUCCAGUCCGACAUUGUCGCCCAGGGCUUCGGCUCUCUCGGCCUCAUGACCUCUGUCCUCAUCACCCCCGACGGCAAGACGUUCGAGUCGGAAGCCGCCCACGGCACCGUCACCCGCCACUACCGCGAGCACCAAAAGGGCCGAGAGACGUCCACCAACCCCAUCGCCUCCAUCUUCGCCUGGACCCGCGGCCUCAUCCAGCGCGGCAAGCUCGACGACACCCCCGAGCUGGUCGCCUUUGCCGAGACCCUCGAGCAGGCCUGCAUCGACACCGUCGACAAGGACGGCAUCAUGACCAAGGACCUGGCCCUGGCGUGCGGCAAGGCCGACCGCGCCGCCUACGUCACCACCAACGAGUACCUCGACGCCGUGGAGCGCCGCAUGAAGAACACGCUCAAGGAGAAGCUGUAA